CUCAAUGUUCUGCUGCUCAGCUCUGCACAAACCUGCAGACUGCUGCUGCAGCACCGCGGGCCGGUGGAGGAGGCUGGCUGGGUGGUGUAGUGUGGUGUGGUGUGGACACAUAUGUAACUAAAGCUGAAGGUUAAACUCACUUUCACUUUGUCGCCAUGUCUUCCAGAAAGAGAAGAAGACACUACAAGGAUGCCACGUGUGUUUUCUUUCCUGAUGAUGUGGGGAAGAAGGGUUUUGUGAGAGAACCACCAUCUCUUCCAUCUGUGUCCUCCUCCAACAAGAGCUGGGAGAAGUGUGGGGACAGCUUCCUGGACACUCCAGUGAUAAAGAACCUCAAGACAUCAGGGAGGAAACUGUCUGACAUAAGAAAGCUGUCAUCUGCUUUGGUGCAGACCAGUGCUGUUAAUGAAGACCCAGUGCACAUCGCGUGGAGCUCCAGUGACAGUGAACGGUCUGAUGAUGAGACCCAGGAGCAGCAACGACGUCCUCAGAGACCAGAGAGACCUAAAGCUCCCGUUCAGUCGUACACCAGAGCGCUGCGGAUGCUCAUCCCUGAAAAAGAAGACCUUCCGGUCAUUGACACAGACAGUGAUCUGGAUGAAUCUGAGGAAGAUGUUGAAAAGGACAGCGGGCAACAAAUAUCUGACUGUGAAUCAGAGUCCUUUGAUGAAAAACCUGAAGUUUUGCCUCCUCAACCUACGAAUAUGACAGAGUUAGAGAUCUCAGGCUACGUGUCUGACGGCGAGAACGAUGAUGUCACAGUGACUUCCGUCAGACCGGACUCUCCUCUCCAGACUGGUGAGGGCAGCAAAAGGUCAGUGAGUGACUGGGUCAGAUCCGCUCAGGCGCUGCUGCAGACGCCUCAGAAACCGCAGUCCACGAGGCAGUCCAAGACCCCAGAGGACUCCGCCAAAAAGAAAAGGAAACUUCAAAGCGGAGGUCUUGCUGAGAGGCUGAAUCGACUCCAGAGCAGACAGAGGUCAGCCGUCAGCUUCUGGAGGCACCAGUCCAUCUCUGACAGCUCAACAACAGCAACAACAGCAACAACAACGGUGGACAGGCCUGGCGUGCUGGUGCUGGAGGUGCUGGAGGUUCAGGAGGAGUGCAGCAUGCAACUGGCGCACUGCGAGCACCGCCCGCCUCCCGGAGAGGGCCACCAGCACAGAGAGCCUCUCUCUGAGGGGAGAGCUCGUAUGAUGGUGUUGUUUAACAGAGAGACCGCAGCCCAGCUGAUCCCUGCAGCCGGAGAUAUCGUCCACAUAUACCCGCCAUGGCAAAGUCUUUCUAUCGAGGGCUUCAGCUGUGAUAUUAUUCUGAACACACACUUCAGCCAGAAAGUCUACUCUGCUACCAAACAAGCCAGCGUGUCCAAUCCUAGAGGCCUGCUCUCUGCAGAAAGAUGCAACACGUAUUCUUUGUGUAAGACGUUUGGGCCACUGGAGGAAAGCAGGACGUCAACGGAGAUCGAUGCCAAACGGGUUUCUGCCUCCGGUUCUUUCUGCAGUUUCAGAGGUUCAGGAGUUUUAGCGAGACACUGCCUUUCUCUCCUGGAAGCUAUCGAGGGCCUGGGCCAGGCUGGUUCUGUGGGGCAGGACGUGGAGGUGGUGGUCCAGAGGGUUUACUCCACCCCGGUGCCCGACUGCUCUCCUGUGUCCAUCCUCAAGUCCAAACUUCCCAUCAGGUCUUCAUCAGCUCCGCCUCCUCCUGCAGAAAAAGGCAGAACCAGGCUCUGUGUGCUUGUCCAGGAUAGCUAUGGGAUGUUCAGCGUGGUCCAGCUCCACUUCCUGCCCUGCAAGGACGACCUCCACCAGUACUGCCGCAAGUGGCAGGGUAGGACCUGCGUGCUGAGAGGCAUCAAAGUGGUGCAGCGGGUCACUCGAGAACGGAGCAGCAGGCUUUUCAGCUUGAUAGACAGUCUGUGGCCCCCAGUGCUGCCUCUUAAAGAUCAUGGAAACACACCUAGUACAUGCAGUGAAAGUAGAGCUGCAGGUGCGGCUCCGAGUUUCUGCUACCUGCUGUCUGGUCAGGAGAGCUCAGUUGAACCCGCUGAGGAGCAAACAGAGUCGCCGCUUUACAUCCCUCCCACUAAACAAACCUUAGGAGACAUACUGCAGAGUGAGCGUAAAACCUGUCGCUGCAGUUUUGUCGCCACUGUUCUGUACAAGAGAAUAAUGCAGAGCAGUGAUGUAGGCCAGGGUGAGGUUUGGUUGGUGCUGACAGACCCCAGUCUUCAGGAGCAGCAGCCCGAGAGGCUCGGCAGGCGAACGGUGGCCAUGUGUGUCAGCACUUCCUGUGCGCUCACUUCCUGUGUCCUCGAAUCACUAAAUUCCCCCGCUGCCUGUCGCAUGUCAUUCAGAGAUGCCAUCAGAGAAAACGGUGUUCUGCUGUGUGUGGAGCAGUCAGUGGUUGAGAUGAUCUCUGUGGACCCUGAGGGCGAUCCGUCUCCGCCUCAGGCAGAGACCCUGCCCCGACCUGUCAGACUGGAUCCUCUGAGUCCUGAGAUCACGCCCAACUCCGUCUGCUCUCUCUCAGGGGUGAUAGUUGGUGUGGAUGAGACCACAGCUUAUUCCUGGCCGGCCUGCAACCGCUGUGGAAGUGAGAACUUAGAGACGUUACCUGAAAGACCUUCUAACUUCCACUGUGUUUCUUGUAAGUCGUCGGUGGACAAGCCGGAAACAAGGAUUCAGAUGGAAGUGUUUCUGAGUUCUUCAUUAAAUAAUUGCACUUUAAAGGUUAAGCUGCAGCAGAAGACGAUCAGGUCGAUCUUAAACGCUGCCGCGCUGGAGGGUCAUGAGUUCCCAGGUUACGAUGUGGAGAAUGUCCUGGGAAAAGAGGUGGGGCCCCUCGCCGUUUACGUCCGUGCCGUCACCAGGAAACCCGCCCUCUGGAUCAGCCUGGAAGAAAUCUGCCUCUGAGGCCGUCAAGGCAAAGAGCUAACGAUAUCAAUCCUCAGGUCUUCAAAUCGGCUCCAGGGAUCUGCACAUUAGGCCCUCCGUCAGAGCCCCUCUUCUCCCCCUCCCCUGCCCUCCCCUGCCCUGCCCUCCCCUCCGAAGGCCUCCCUGACAGCUUGAGGCUGAAGUGAACGAGCUGCAAGGAGACAAGGUCUUGUUUGUGUUAAUGAUAUGUGAUCCUGUGGACCAGGACUUGACAGCCCAAGGGUAGACCAGUGGCAUGCAGUCUGUCAAAGCAGCCCACGCAGUUCAGUUCAGCAACUGGGACUUUUGGCUGGAAACACGUUUUUUUUUUAAGUGUUUUCUUUUUUCUUUUCAAUUUUUC